AUGUCUGUAGCACAGAGUCCAGACUGUCGUGGGGCAACAGGAGAGAGGAGCCACAGUCAAAGGAAUCAGGUGCCAUUCACUCCUGAAUUUACCAAGAUGUUGACAAAAAGCAGUCCACGCUUUGGUAGCUUGAGUCACCAUUCGUUCUUCUCCAGGCACAACCCUCAUCCACACAGGGUGAGGCAUAUCCAAGGACUUAAUGGCAGGCCUGUUUGCAUGGUGAGAGAUGACUGGUUUGUCACCUCAUCAUUAUUUCCUCAUCCGCUUCUCAAGAGCCACGUCCUCAGGAAAGCAACUGAUGCAUCGUUUGCUUUUCCUCUGACUCAGUAUCGUUCUGGAGUCAGCAGUGACAAACACAAAUCAGCUUUAUUUUCAGAAGCCUGGAGAGAUGAACUUAAAGAACUAGCUGCAAAAGUCAGUCUGUCUUCCCAAGCUCGAAAGGACAAAAAAGAGGUAGUUGAAGAAUUUGUCCGCCGAAAGACGCAAUAUUCAGUUCAAACUGGUAGACUCAUUCCUCCAUCCACCAAGUCUCACCAGCGUAGAUCUCAUUCCCAGCGUCUGAUGUAUCCUCAGCACUUACACGAUCAAGAACUCAUGGUGCUGGAGCUGCUUUGUCAGAUCCUGCAGACAGAUUCCCUGUCUACAGUCCAGCAGUGGCUUCUGCUUUCAGGACAAAGAGAGAAAGACCUGGUGAUGGGGAUGAUCAAACAUGCUCUGGAUGGUGUGGACCUCUCAGGCCAUCAGCAAGAGAAUUUCCAGCAGCUUCAGGCUUUUCACCCUGGUGCGUCUCCACCAACGUACGGUCCACCAUUCAACCAGCCGUGGAGAAGACCACAAAGAACGAGCUCCCACAGAGUGACCCAAACCUCCAGAAAUGACAAACCAGAGAGGAUUGGAGAAGCAGAGGUCCUUGAAAUUCAUGCAGAAGAACAGGAUUAUCUUCAAGAUCGUCCACUUCAAUAUAAAGGGAGUGGAGCAAAGGACUCAGGACGCAGCCUGGAGGAUGCUGGGGGUUUCCAGGAGCAGAGUGAGGAGCUCAAAUCCAGGUCCCUGAGCUUGAUGACCAGUCUGAGGCGAACUAUUGUGUUGAACACUGAUUUGUAA